AUGGAUAAGCUUAUUCCAACAUUUUCGUUCUUAUUUGUUCUUAUAUUUCUUGCACCAACUAAGGUGGCAAAUGCUGCAACAUCACCUUCAUCAAUAUGUAGCCAAACUCCUUAUCCAGAAUUGUGUCAUUCCCUCACAAUCACCCCAAAAUCAACCCUAACCACACUUGAUGGUGAAACCUCUUCAUCAUUCAACGUUCGAGAUGCUAGCCUUAAAUUUUCUUUGGCUCAAGCUCAAUAUGUCCAUAACCUCAUUUCCACCAUGGACACAACUUCAUUUGAUAAGCUAACCAAAGCUGCUUGGGUUGAUUGUUUCGAACUUUACGAAGAUACCAUUGACAACCUUGCCCGUUGUUCAAGUUCAAUUGGAAAAUUAAGUGAUGCUCAGACAUGGUUGAGUGCUGCCUACGCAAACCAUGAAACCUGCAAGAAUGGUUUCCUUGAUUUUCAGUUGAAUUCUAAACUGCAAGCCUUCCCAUUCUUCAACACCAACUUCUCGAAACACCUCAGCAACUCUCUUGCCAUAAACAAGGUCUCUCUAGCUUCAUCAUUAUCAACAGCCCCAGUCUCUACCAAUGAUCAAAUCAAAAACAGGAAGUUACUAUCCCUUGACUCUGAUGGCUUCCCUGCAUGGGUUUCCACCGGUGAUCGUAAACUUCUCCAAGCAACCGGUGCACCAAAAGCUAAUAUCGUUGUAGCACAAGAUGGUUCAGGGAAUUACAAAACCAUUUCCGAAGCAUUGGCAGCAUCAUCUAAGCUGAGAAGCGGCUCAAGCAGAUUUGUGAUUCACGUGAAGCGUGGUGUUUACAAAGAAAACGUUGUCGUUACAAAGUCAAUGACCAAUAUAAUGAUGGUUGGAGAUGGAAUUGAUGUCACGGUCGUUACCGGCAAUAAGAAUGUUGUAGAUGGCUCAACAACUUUUAAUUCCGCAACUUUCGGUGAGUUCAUCAUGAAAAUCUUUUUUGCAUUUGUUUAUACUCUCUCUUUGUCCUAA